UUUGGGUUAUUGACUGUUAUUGGUAUUACAACUUGAGAGUUUCGUAAAACUUUGUAUAAUAUUUUAUCAUCGACUAGGAAUAAGAAUUAUUAAGAAUAUCUUUUCGCCGUUUUUACUUAUAUUGGCAUAACUAUUUCCUUAUAAACUAAAUUAAUACAAUUUAUUUUAUGUACUAUGUAAAUAAGAUUAAGCAAUGAAACCAGUGCCGCCUCAUGUUUUUAGAGCUCUAAAGGAUAUUGAUUUAAGUACAUUGACAAAAUGCUCACCGGAAGAAAUUCGACCCAUAAUACCAUGUCUUGUUCGAAUGGCUCUUAUAUCACCUUUAGAUGUCACCAGACAAUGUUCAGAAGCCAAAAGAGAAAUAUUGACAUUAUUGUCUGGGAUAGAUUUAGUCAAUUUUAUUGUAUCACUUCUUUCAAUAGAAUUUCAUGCAUUAGAAGUAGAUCUUAAGAAAGAACAACAGAUGAGAUUAAAAAAUGGAUCACAAUGCACAGAAUCAUUUCUUGUUCAAAAUUUGAUUAAUGGAAUUGCUAAUGAUUUUGAGCAGUCAGAUUCGGCAAGAAGAGUACGUCUAGUUUUGUCAGAACUUCUUCAAAUGCAGGCACAAUUGACUGAAUACAAUCUUAACAAAAGCUCAGAGAGUAGCAUCAAGCCAUCGGAAUUGUUUGAUAAUGAUGUGUACCUAGAAGAAAUCACGGAUGUGCUAUGUAUCAGUCUUGCAGAGCUGCCAACCUUGUUAAACAUUUGUGACAUUGUGGAAGUACUGCUUCAUGUUAAUAAAGGACCAUUAAUAAUCACAUGGGUAAUUGCAAAUAUGCCUGAUACUUUGUAUGAUGUUGCCGAGUCUCUGGUACAAAAUGCUGAAAAAGGUGAAGAAGGAGGUAUAAGAGCUAAGGCAUUAUCCACCUUAUGUGCUAUGUGUCCUUACAUGUCAGCAUCAAUAAGAGCCAAAGCAGCUUCAGUUUCAAGACUUCCAUCAUUACUUAUAAAGCUUACAUUAACACACCAUCAAGAUGACUUGGUUCCUUUUAUAUCAAGUCUACUUUUGGGCUCAGAUCAAACAACUAGAGCAUGGUUUGCCUCAUUUUUGAGAAACUCACACAAGCGGGGAAAGGGGGAUGGGCAUGCUGCUUUAAUUCAACUGCGGCAGGAGUUACUCAAUAGGCUAAAAGAUGCUGCAGCGGGUGUUAAUGCCUCAGCACUUCUUAGACUGUACUGUGCACUGAGGGGAAUAGCUGGUAUAAAAUUUCAAGAUGACGAAGUAUCAGGACUCUUAAGGCUAGUUACUCAGAAACCUCCACCGACACCAGCUGGAGUGAGAUUUGUGUCACUUAGUCUCUGCAUGAUAUUGGCAUGUCCAUCACUUAUGGCUGCAUCAGAACAUGAAAAGAAAGCAAUAGAAUGGGUCCAGUGGUUGGUAAAAGAAGAAGCAUAUUUUGAAAGCAAUUCUGGAUUUACUGCCUCAUUUGGUGAGAUGCUUUUAUUGAUUGCAAUUCAUUUUCACUCUGGACAAUUAACUGCAGUGGGAGAACUAGUCUGUGCUACCUUGGGUAUGAGGGUACCUGUGAGACCCAAUGGAUUGGCACGCAUCAAGCAAGCAUUUACCCAAGAAAUAUUUACUGAACAGGUUGUUACUGCUCAUGCUGUUAAGGUUCCCGUUACAGCCAACCUUAGCAGCAACAUAGCCGGUUACUUACCAGUUCACUGCAUUCAUCAAUUACUAAAAUCACGAGCAUUCUCCAAACACAAAGUGCCAAUAAAAAAUUGGAUAUACCGUCAAAUAUGUAACUGCACAGCUCCAUUGCAUCCAGUCAUGCCAGCUCUAGUGGAAGUGUAUGUUAAUUCUAUAUUGGUUAUAAAUAACAAAGGAUCUAAUGAGUAUUUCAAUCAGCCAAUAACAGAAGAAGAAAUCAAAAGAGUUUUUAAAAAUUCUAUCUUCGGUGUCAACUUUGAUACCCAAAAUAAAUCUUUUACACCAAUGGAUGUUGAUGGUGAAUCGUCUGUUGAAAUCAAUAUUGAAAAACCAACCUUAGCUUCGCAGCUACUCUUAAUUUAUUAUCUCUUACUUUACGAGGACGUGAGAUUAGCGAACACGGCCACUCUUCUCGCUAAUGGCAGAAAAACUAAAAGUUAUACAACAGCCUUUCUCUCCGAGCUACCAAUAAAGUAUUUGUUACACCAGGCACAACGAGAUCAAAUGAGCUAUGGAGGCCUAUUCAGUCCAUUACUUCGUUUACUCGCGACACACUUCCCACAACUGUCACUUGUUGAUGACUGGAUGGACGACCAAGUUUUUGGAGACUCUUGUCGCCAUCAGAAUGACGUCAGUUUGACUGAUGCAUCCAUCAGUGAAGGUUUUGAUAACAUAGAAAAUAAUCCAUACAAAACUGGCAAAGUUUUAAAGGAUAUGCUCAGCAAAAAUCCUACGGAAAUUUGGCCCCAUGCAGAAGUUUUUGUAAGACACAUAAAAAAUGUUUUAGGAGAAGAUGUACCGCGACAUAUACAGGAAAUCUAUAGAGAAGUGUGGCUGCGACUCAAUACAGUUUUGCCUCGUUGCCUUUGGAUAAUAACAAUUAAUGCGCUUUUAGAUUUAAACAGUUGUUCAAAAAAUGUAACUAUUACACAAGAAAAUGUUUUGGUUGACCCUUUACAAGUGUUGCGGUGCGACAUACGAGUAUAUAGAUGUGGGCCAAUAUUAAAAAUUAUUUUGAGAAUACUUGAGGCUAGUUUAGCUGCAUCUAGGUGUCAACUUAAUCGACACUUACAUGAUAAACCUUUGCUAGAAAAGAGUGGUCAAUUGACAUCAGAUUCUGAAAGAGAAGAAUUGAAAAACGCUUUAGUAGCUGCGCAAGAAAGUGCAGCUCUGCAAAUAUUAUUGGAAGCUUGCCUCGAAACCGCGGAAGACCAAGCUAAACCCGAGCUCAUGUGGUCCUUAAGAGAAGUCAGAAACAUAAUAUGCUCGUUCCUCCAUCAAAUAUUUAUUUCCGAACCAUCUUUGGCCAAACUUGUACAUUUCCAAGGUUAUCCAAAAGAACUAUUACCCAUAACUGUACAAGGUAUUCCGUCAAUGCACAUCUGCUUAGACUUCAUCCCAGAACUUUUAAGUCAAGCGUCUCUUGAAAAGCAAAUCUUCGCCGUGGACCUUGUGUCACAUUUAUCAAUUCAAUAUGCCCUUCCGAAAGCAAUGUCUAUAGCAAGACUGUGUGUGAAUACACUGUCCACAUUACUUUCAGUUUUACCUAGUGACCUGCGAUUGGAAUUGUUUCAACCAGUUUUAAAAUCACUUGUUCGUAUUUGUAUAGCUUUCCCCUCGCUAUUAGAAGAUGUAACAUCUCUUUUACUCCAAUUGGGCCGAAUUUGCGAAUCUCAAGCAUCCCUUGGACAUUGUUGGAAUGACACUAACAUUUUAGGAGAAGGUGCUUAUGUCGAAUCUGAUGUACAGAGUGGUACGAAAGUAUUAGUUGCGGAAGUUCUUUGUAGAGAUAUAAAAGUAACUAUGUCCGAAAUAGUUCAAAAAGCAUUGUUAAAUGAUAAGCUAUAUUAAAUAUACAAUAAUAUUAAU